GACGCCCCUUUUGAUUGUCACCCCAGCGGUUUUAUUUUGCCCCCCCCCCUACACACACACCCCUCUACUCCUCUCCAUUAAGCCGCUCCUGGUGGAGCUCUGUUACCUUGGACUCCCCCUGGCUCCCACUAUUCAUGCAAGGAAUCUCAUUGUUAGGGGGGACAUCAUUCAGGCUGCUGUUUUAAGGCUGGACAAGGGGCUCCCCACUCCACCCGACAGUGAGACUGAGGGAGCAAGAAGGAGGGAGUUGGCUGCACUUUGAGGUGGAGAACGGAUGAGAGAGAGGGAGAGAGAUCCAGAGUGGCAAAGACUUGAAAGAGAAGAAGUAAGCUUAGGUAGACAGGAAGUGUGAGAAGACCUUAAAAGGGAGAAGAAGGAACGACAGACAGGUAGACCGAAAGAGAGUGAGAGUGAGAAGAGGAGUGCAGUCUGGUCUUUGAGGAUGACUCUCGUCACACUUGCUCUGGCGGGAUGCCUUCUGGCUCUUAGGAUAUCAGUGUUGGCUGCACAGCUGGAGCAAGAGAUGGAAGGAUCUGCUGCGCAACCAGAGGGAGAAGAAGAUCUGAAUGAGACAGUCCUUUGCACAAACGACCAGAUUGAAGUGAUCAUCCCCAGUGCUUUCUUCCUCAAUAAAGUCCCUCCUGUUUAUGUUUGGGAUAUACACCUGAAUGAUCCGGAGUGCCGAGGGGUGCAGAUUGGUGACAACUAUGUCUUCAGUAUCAAGACAAACCUCACAGACUGUGGAACACUCACAGUCUCAGAUGACACAAACAUCAUGUUCAUUAACACCAUACACAACAACAAUUCAGACAUUGUCACUAGAAGUUAUGUCAAUAUCACCUUUGGGUGCCGUUACCCUGUCAAUUAUAUGGUCCAGCAGCCCAACGGUGAGAACAUGGUCAGAGUGGACGUCAGGACCAUUACACUGAACACCGAGGAUGGCAACUUCUCUGUGGCCAUGUUGCUAUAUAAAGACCAGGACUUCCAGGACAAAUGGACUACAGUGCCCUCCCUUGGACUUGAUGACAAUAUCUAUGUCAAAGUAUUUAUGAUACCAGCUCAUCUGACGCUGCAUCUCGAAAGGUGCUGGGCCACACCAACCAGUGACCCCUACAGCAACAUACAGUACUCAUUCAUCCACGAGAGUUGCCCUGUCCCAGGAAGUGAAUCUACCCUGGAUGUGUUAAAGAAUGGUCAAGGACCAGAUGCCAUGUUCAGGAUCCAAAUGUUCAAGUUUGUGGGCAGCUCCUACACCGAUGUCUUCCUCCACUGCAACGUCCAAAUCUGCCCCAGCCCUGCAGGGGUCUGCCAACCGAACUGCUCUGGAGAGGAAGCAUCAAGCAGAACACGCAGAGAUGUCACCAUGUCUCAUACAGUAUCUUAUGGACCAAUCAGAAGACUGCUAGCCAACAGUGACCACACUGGUCUGAACAGCAAGACCGAUAUCUCUUUAGAGAGUGUGGUGCUCGGAAGCCUACUGCUUGUACUGCUACUGGUAACAGGAGUUUUUGUCCGACUCUGGCACCGCAGUAGGCGCUCGUACCUUCCCAAUGAUGCCCAGCUCACCCUGUCCAACAUACACCGCCUAUCAGAGGUGGCUUCGUGAAGUACACACACACAAGCAGAUUUCAUUGUACAUAAUGGUGUGUAAGUUAGAUGUGUCAUGCAUGCUGACAUGACAUACACAGAUAGACAAGAUGAAACAAGUGAAAUAGAAAAUAUUUUGUUUAAUUUUAAACCUUUUGUACAGUUUUUCUGAAAAUCACAAUUCUGCAUCAACAUCCCACACACAGCCAAGUGAUGUUGCCAAGAUAUUUGUAAUUUCAUAAAGCCUGAUGUACAAUACCACUGGGACAUAAUAAAGGCCUUUGAUAGAA